AUGUCAUUUGCUGCCGAGGAAGUGCCUUGUCCUGAUAGAGCACAUAGAGCAAGGCACGGUAAGCACAGGAGAUAUAUAAAAUCUCCGAACACCUCUAUGUAUAUCACUAAAACUUUACAUGAUCCAGCGAAUACCCUAAGCAAGACUCAAAGGAAGAAGGUAAUGGAUGAAAAAAUUGAUGGUUUCUCUGCAGACGUAUCGUACUCACUGAAUAAACAUAAGAGGUGGAGUUGUAUCAAUCCGUCCUCGCUUCUGAAAGCCUCUGAAGAGAACACCCCAGAGAUGAUAGUUGUGAAAAGAAAUGAUAUUCCUUCAGAUGAGAAUGCUGGUGGUAGUGUCACUAAUGUCUCAGUAAUGGAGGAUGGCGUUAUUAAAAAAUUGUCUAGCGGUGGAAGAAGAAAACCACUGAAAUACUUCAAUAAUCAGAUGAGGGAGUUGAGGCAAAUAGAUAAGAAAGCAGUAGAACCCGCAAGAAUACUUUUCAAUAUUACAACGGAUGCCUCGUCAUUGCAGUCAUCCAAGAAGAAGCCAAGGCGAACACACAAGCGUAACAAGAAUACUGUGAAGAUCGAAGAUUCCGAUUACGAAAAAAUCCAGUGUUGGUGGGACAAAUGCAGAGAAAGCCCUGCCUACAAGUUUCACGGAGAAUCUAGAACAGCCACUCUUGGUGACUACUUGCCUGUAAACCACGAGAGUUUACUGAAGCCGAGACGUUCAAAAAGUUCCUCAUGCGUGAAAUACUCUCAUUCUGAUAUAUCCAAUGAAGAAAAUAAGGCUAAUGGCACAAAAUUUAUUGGCCUGCAAAAUAUCACUGAUGCCACCAAAGCUGCACAUAUAUUUGAAAUUAUUGAUUUGGAUAUGAAAUCUUCUUACGAUUUAGAACAAACUAUCACCAAAGUACCAGAGCAGUAUACUGUCACAUGGUGUGGUACCAGUAGGGUAUCUGUAGGUACCCCACCGUUUUCACAACCUAAGUGUGUAGUUUUCUUUGAGAAAACUAGGAAACCGGAUACAUUAAGGAUUCGGAUCAGCAUAGAUCGGCCUUACCUCCUGAGGUAUGAUAGAACCUACAUCAUUGACUCGAUCACUGCCGCUGCUAAGAAAGAUAUCUCUAUAAUUUAUGUGCAAAUCAUCGACUGUCUGAAAGAAAUGAGAAAAAUCUGCAAAGUUAGCGAAAAUGAUGACAAUCGAGUCAGUUGGUUCCCGGAAUGUUUUAUGUCUGCUGUUAACAGCACAUGGAUAGCGCCUAAUGCCAUAGGAUUUUCCGAGCAAGAACAGCUGAAGUAUCUAAACCAGUUCUAUAAUGAGUGCUGCUCAUCGCAACUUGAUUCCUUCCAAGCAUCAGAAGACCCACUAAAAUGUUGUUGCUGCCGCAUGUCAGGCUUGGACGAUCUUUUUCCUUCAUUCGAAGGAAUGAUGUGCAAAGAUUGUGUGGUGUCCAGCAUUACUCGACAACUUCGCACUAAUCAUUAUCCCAUAGAAAUUCCGAUCACUUCUGGCGGUGAAAUGUCCUCCAUCGAGUUUCUUUACGCAAUUCUACCCAUGCCUGUCAUAAGAUUAUUGAUAAGGGAAUCUGUCGCUUUUCUCAAAUCACUCGAUAACCCGGAUUUAUGGAUGUUGGACUGCCCAUGCUGCCUUUCACCAUUGAUGUUGACUGAGCGCUAUGAAUUUAAUUGCUGCUCUUGCCCUGAGUGUGGAUGUGCAUUCUGCUAUCUUUGUUAUUCAGAGCCGCACUGGCCAAUGACGUGUGAACAGUUCAAACGUUGGGUCGAGAAAUGGGACACGCAGUACAUUUUUGACAAAAAUUACUCAUUCGCCGAAGGAGUGGUACAUAUGUGCUGCCAAUGCGGUGGGAUUUUCCAUGCUUCUUCACUACCUCCCAGAUGUCGAAAAUAUCGCUGCUGGUAUAGUUACAACGAUGAUGGUACGCUCUGGCACGGACACGGUCACCAAUAUCCAUUCCCUGCAAAAAUACAACGGCACAUCGCUGCCGUGGGAGAAGCUGUAACGUACUGUGAAGAAUGUGGUACUCGCACAGGGCCUUCUACUAUUGCAGCUAAACAAAUUAUAAGCAAGUCGUUUUCUAGCUUGUGCACCGAAGCAAGAAAUCAACGAUUUGAUGAGCACAAUAGUAGAGAUUUUAAGAAAUUUGUUGCUAGAACGCUUUCUUCUCAGAAGGAUCGCGACAGAGUGGAGAAUAUACGGAAGACGAUUUUGUUCCUGACCGAGGCUUGCACAGGCUGGUUGUAUCUUGUUAAGCCCAGUAACUGCACCCAUCUGCAGUUUGUGAUCUCUAAGCUGUUUAGAAAGUUUCUCUCCGUUCAACGUCGCACAUACAUAACGAGAUAUGAAUUUGAAAGGGAUAUCAACAAGCUCGAAAAGGAAACAAAAAAUUUGAUUGAUCUGUUUCGCCAGCAGCUCAAUGUGGUCGAGUGA